GGCCGCUCUCGCUUCCAGCUCAUUCUCGGCAAUGGCGCAGUUGUGCUCACCUUUCGCGAUGCUCAUCUCUUGCCUUGGGCUGCUGCUCUUCCUCCCGGCGCUGUUUGCGGAAAGCAUCGGGAUGCCCGGAGGCCUGGCGCCUCGCUCCGUCUCGGAUCCCGACGUGCAGAUGGCCGCUGCCUUCGCCGUGGCCGCCUACAACCAGGCCAGCAACAACAUGUUCUAUUGUCGGCAGCUGAACAUCCUCAAGGCGCAGAUCCAGGUGGUGGCGGGUAUGAAAUACUACUUGACUGUCGAGUUGGUGAAUACCCUGUGUGAUAAGAAGGCAGGGUCAAACCUGAGUGCCGAGGACCUCCAACGCUGCAGCCUGCCCUUGGAAGGAGAACAGCAGAAACAAAUCUGUGAGUUCCAGGUCUGGUCCCGUCCAUGGCUGAGUGACACACAUCUGACACACAUGAGCUGUAAAGCAGCCAGUUCCUAAACGUCACGCCUGGGGGUGACUCGAAUGGACCUUGGUCUCCCUGCUGCCUGGAUGAACUCGAGCCAAAGCAUCAUUUCUGGGGGCCCAGUGCAAGCUUGAAACUAUCUACCCCAAUCCUAUCUCAAGCAAGGAAAAAUACUAUUUUAAUUCUGAAAUCACAUUUCCCACAUUUCUAAAAUUGCACUGGGGCUUUUCUACCGUGCCUCCAAAUAUACUAUCCCUCUCUUGAUUUUGACGGUCCUGCAAACCUCUUUUUUUUUCUUUGCAACUUGUUGAUUCAUCCCAAUAAAGGUAUCACUUUGUCAGUG